CGAGCAUUGAAAGAAAAUGAGUACGUCAAGAGAACGGGAUAUCCCCCCGCCACGACGGAAAUCUUGCGAGGCCUGUAGAGCAGCGAAGCGGCGCUGUGAUCUAGCUCUUCCCACCUGUUUCCGAUGCGCGCAGCGAAAUCUCGCUUGUGUAUACCCAGGCCUACCCGCGCCAGACUCGAUUCCCGAUAUGUUAGCGUUCACAUAUUGUAUGACCGACUUUAAUUUUACUCCCACUCCCGUUUUGGAUGGGGACAUGUCCACCAACUGGUCUAUACCUGCUCCAGCCCCGGUAGACUUAAUACCUGGGGACCUUAUUCAACAAAACCUUCAACUUAUGUCGGCUAAAACCAAAUCCUCUCUUGAUCUUUCCGUCCUUCUGGCAUCCCGAUUUCAGUACGCCAUUGACACCCUGCAAGAGGUGCCUCGUAUGAUGGUCACUGAGAACCGGACCCCCUGGUGCCAUCCAGAACUCUACAAAGACGGAAUGCCUAAGGUUAUGCAAGUAGAUGCCUACGCCUGCUGUGCUCUCUACAUCACAAAGAACCCUAUCAACGGCCCGCUAAUCACCACACACAUCCAGUCCCGACACCAGGAGCUCAUUCUCUCCUCUCUCCCAACCUCGCCACCUGAAGUACUCGCACACACUCAAGCCCUGCUCCUCUACCAAAUCAUGUACCUUUUCGACCCAACCCUCAACAGCAAUACCGCCAUUGAAACCCUAAGCCUCUCCGCUCUCGAAUCCGCAGCAUUCUUCCUCUUCAGCAGCACGCACUUCCCACCAGCACCGCAAGAAACAGCCCCCGGCAUGGCCCCAUCCACAUCACUAACCUCACUGCUCCCCAACACCCUCCAAUCCACAAUCCAAUUCUGGAAGCUUUGGGUUUUUGGGGAAUCCGCGCGCCGCACGAUUCUGUUCACGUUCUACUUCAUCCAAAUCUUCCGCCUACUCCAUGGAGACCGAGAUCUGAAAUGCGAUGGGAAACUAGGCAUCUUGCACUCAUGGUAUUCCUCUGCGCAUCUAUGGAAUGCACCUAAUGCGUUGGAGUUUGCUGUUGCAUGGGCAGAGAGAGAGCAUUUUAUCGUGCAAAAUGUAAAUUUCUCCAAGGUGUUGAACGAGGCCCAACCGAGUGAUGUGGACCUCUUUGGGAGAAUGCUGCUAGUUACUCUUCUGGGGAUCGAUCAAGUUCAGGCGUGGUUUUGCCGGAGGGGGGCUAUAUUAUAAUUUUUCUUUCUUCUUCUUUAUUAAUGAG